CUUUGCUUCCUGUAAUGACGCAGAGCUGCUGGGUGCUCGGAGUCGUGUGGUCACAAGGCCCAAGGCAUCCCAAAAGUUUUAGCAGCUACCUGGUGUUACGUGGCAGUUCUCCCUGCGGCCGUGCAGCUCCAGGAGAAAGCGGGCUUGUGGGAGUCCUUCACGUCUUUCCAAGGGAGAUAAGCUAAGUUUAAGCAACCCUUCUAACCCUGCUCUUCCUCCAGUACUAAAAGACCUAGAGAUGGCCAAGCUGGGGGAUUCUGAUGUUCAUGUCAAGAUGUUAGCAGCCCCUAUCAAUCCAGCAGACAUCAACAUGAUCCAAGGGACGUACGCCAUCCUCUCCGAGCUGCCGGCAGUAGGGGGCAAUGAAGGCGUUGGCCAAGUGGUGGAGAUCGGCAGUCGUGUGACGUCCGUGAAACCUGGCGACUGGGUGAUCCCAGCAGACACUGGACUUGGGACGUGGCGGACGGAAGCAGUGUUCCCCGAAGGGACCCUGCUGCGAGUGCCCAGUGACAUCCCCGUGCUCUGCGCCGCCACCCUGAGCGUCAACCCCUGCACGGCGUACAGGAUGCUGGCCGACUUUGAGACCCUGAGGCCGGGUGACUCUGUCAUCCAGAACGCUGCCAACAGCGGCGUGGGCCAGGCCGUGAUCCAGAUCGCGAAAGCCUCCGGCAUCAGGACCAUCAACGUGGUCCGAGACAGACCUGAUCUCCCAAAGCUGGUGGAAAGAUUGAUGUCCCUUGGUGCAGACCAUGUCAUCACAGAAGAAAUGCUGAGAAAGCCAGACAUGAAGGAUUUAUUUAAGAGCAUCCCAAAGCCCCGGCUCGCCCUGAACUGCGUCGGAGGGAAAAGCACUACUGAGAUGCUGCGGCACCUGCAGCACAAAGGGACCAUGGUCACCUAUGGAGGAAUGGCGAAGCAGCCUGUGAUGGUCCCUGUGAGUGCGUUCAUCUUCAAGGAUGUGAAGCUCCGUGGAUUCUGGAUGACCCAGUGGAAGAAAGACCAAAUGCACAACAAGGACAACCUGGAGAGCAUGAUACAGAGCUUGUGUGAGCUCAUUCGGAAAGGGCAGCUCACCACACCAGCAUGCACGGAGAUCCCACUCGAGGACUACAGGACAGCCCUGGAGGCCUCCAUGAAGCCGUUCACAUCAUCGAAACAGAUACUCAUCCUGUGACUCCCCGAGGGAGGGCUCAGGUGUUGCAGCAGGCUGAACUGCAGGUGCUUCCCAUCACGCUGGACCCUGUAACUGGAUCCCAGCUGGCUUACAAACAUUUCCUUUGCCAUGUUGUCUGCAGGGGAAGGUACUAAGGGGAGAAAAACAACUCUAGAUCCAUCAAUUUUUUUGCCCACUUGAAGUUUCAAAAGCCUCUGCAACUUUGCAUAAAUGGCACUGUGAGAGCAGGUUAUAAUUGCUUUUGGAGAGAGAUUCCAACCUUGCUUUAGCUUAGAUGAGUUUCAUUGCAAUGGAAAGCUCAGGGUGUUAAGGCAGCUGUUGCAGGAAUUGCAGGCAGAGGUGACUGCAGGUGAUCAGGCAGUUGAGGAUGUGAGGAGCAAAAGUUCCCAUUUGGGUGCAUUUGUGUAACAACAGGAAGGGCAGUAAGUUCGUUCUGCCAUCCACGGUAGCUGCUCGCUGCCUUCUGCCUCAUUUACUAGCUCUAACUUUCAUUCUGCUGUUUAUAUUGCCGUCACCUCCAGGUGAUUCAGGCUCUUCUCAGGUCGCUUUGCAGGGAAGUGCACAGCUGGUUGAUGCUUACCUCUGAGCCAGCACUGGCACAGCCAAACCUUCCACUGCUAAAGGCACUCUUGCUCUUGGCCACCCCACAACACGCAGAGGCCCAGCAGCGUCCAGCAGAGUGGGAUCGGAGACUGCUGUCCCUGCUCUGAUAUCGGGCGGUCUCUUGCUAAGUGCUGCUCAGCUGUGCUGCAGCCUCAGCCAGUGCCAGGCCACGUUGAGGGCAUUGCCAUCACAGGUCCAUGAGCUCAGGAUGACCCCAAUCCCUCCCACCCUUGGGAGGAAAACAGGGCAACGCAGCUGCACUUGCAGCCUAGCACCAGCUGCUGUUUGGGACCUACUAUAGGGACAGGCACUGCCAGGACAGGCAGGAUUGCAUUGGGGGUGCAGUGAUACAUGCCUGCAUGCCAUUGCUUUGAUCAUCAUCGCAAAUUAAAUCCAAUGAGACAGAGGGUCGGAUAUGAACAUGAACUUUAAAGCACUGGCUGAAGAUUACAGGGUCGCCUGGUGCCAGCAGGCUGCUCUGCCAACGCAGCCACUGGGCUCACCUGCAUGAAUGGCGUGCUCCUCCGGGUGCAUUUCCUCAGCCUCCUCUGCCAGGAGCAGUGGCUCCAUCAUUGCCAGCCUCAGGGUGAAAUGCUAAGCCAGACAGAUGCUAGGGGGACAUGCACUCCUUUGAAAGCAUUGCAAUGCCUUCCCUUGGGAGACAGGCUGGGGUGCGAGGAGGUGAUCGGCUCUCUUGGCCUGUGGGAUUAGUCGCUCUCCAAGGUGGAUGGUCCAGAGUGGGGACAAAUGGAGCAGGUGAGGAGGUGUCCAGUGCAAAUCAUGAGGACAAGCCCACUCCCUGCAAGAGAGGAGGGUCUGUGUGAGGCCUCCCAGCAUCUGGGACCUCCGUGGCAUUACAGACAGACCACCCUGGGCAGGCUCAGGUGUUGAGGGCUUUGCCCAGAGGAAAAGGAGGCUGGAGAAAUGGCAUAAAAACAAGCAGAAAUGAAGACUUACCAAGCGCCAGCCACCACUGCCACACCAGCGGGAACUGUCCCAUCACUGCAAGACACAGCAGACAUCUCAGGGAGUGCCUCAGUUCUCGUGUCCCUGUGUUUGAGCUGGGGAUGGGACUCCCCUCCUGGUUUGCAGCUGGAUUUUCCCAGGGCCUUGGUCCUGGGUGCUGGGUCCAAGCCCUCAGUGGGAGCCCAGCUGCCUGCGUUGCCCUUGUUUGGGGUCUCAAAUGCAUGUAGGAAGGGGGUGGCUUUUUGCAGUACCUUGACUUGAACUAAUUUUUGCUGCUGUUACUAAACCACUGGCACUAUGAUUGUGAGACUUGCAGAGAAAUCUCUUUGAAAUCAGUGUUUUAACUUUUUUUUUUUUAAGAUGCUGUCAAUAAAUUUUUCUGUGUUCAGUUCUGUGCGACUUGCCUAGGCCGAUUGUAAGUGCUGCUUCCCCAGCAAGCAUAGUUAAGAAGGAAGACCUCGUACUGAUCUCAAAUUCACCUGCAGCUGUGCAAAGACUCCCAUUGGUGUCUUGAGGCUUUGAAAGAGGACUAGGGUAGCUAACCUGCAGAAUGUGCUAAAGCAGGAUAUUU